UUUAAUCGCUAUGAAAUUGAUUUGUUUACUUCGUGUUCCUGGUUCUGACAAGUUAUUUUAUCGAUAUUAUUAAUAUUAUAGAAUGAAUACUCGAAGUUUUUUGCUAUUGUGAAUAAAAUAUUCUUUAAAUAAUUAAAAGAAUUUGAAUAAAACUUAAUUAUCAAUGGGUAAGAGAUAUUAUUGCGAGUACUGUGACAGAUCCUUCAAGGAUGAUCCAGAAGCCAGAAAAAAACAUCUUUCAAGUUUACAACAUGUGAAAAAUCGUGCAGAUCAUUAUAAUAUGUUCAAAGAUCCGGAAGUUAUAUUGAAGGAAGAAAGUUCAAAGAUACCAUGUAAAUGGUAUUUAAGCAGUGGUAAUUGCGCAUUUGGCCUUGGUUGCAGAUAUUCUCAUUACACUCCGCCAAUGAUAUGGGAACUUCAACGUCUUGUUGCAAUGAAACACCAAUCAAAAUUUAAUAUAACACCUGCAAAUAGUUGGCCAAAUCCUGAUGAUAUAAUCAAAGAAUAUUUUGAGAAUACUGCGAGUACAAGCAAUACAGAUGAUUUUAUUUAUCCUACUUGGCACAGACCAUUGGAAUUACAGAAUUAUUCCAUGUUGCCACCAUCGUUAUGGCCUAUCACACCAGAGAGCCUAGAAAAUACUACAACUUUUAAGGAAUGGAAUUAGAGAUAAUAUAAGGGGAUUAAAUCGGAUUGAAAUUUGAUCGCAGUUUUAACUCGAUAUGUGUAAAUAAUUUAAAAUGUAACCAUUGGCGAAAAAUUUGACGUUUUGUUAAUAAAUUAACAUAAAUACGAAAUA